AUGGCCGUGGGAAGGAAAGAUGAGCCUAUGGCUCCUGUCCAUCUCUUCUCGCAUGGUUCUACCAUGAUGCUGGGCGAGGAGCACCAGUCGGCCAAGUACUGGGAAGAGUGCGGAAACCGUGCGCUGGAGAACGGUAUUGAGCAUGUGGUCAUGAUGGGCGCACACUGGGCAACCUCGCUGCCCGGAGUCCUGAUCUCGGCCAACCCCAAGCCCGACAAGUCGCCGGUGGCCUACGUGCACCCGUCCAAGUACAAGAACUACGCGCUGAACCCGGACCUCGACUACGUGCCGGUCGUGCAGUCGUACCUGGAGGCGGCCGGGAUCCCGGCGCAGGCGGACCCCAAGUUCGACUGGAUCCACGACACGUACCUGGUGCUGAUCCGCAUGUUCCCGCGGGGCUGCCCGCCCACGACGCUCAUCAGCAUGAACCACACGUACGACCCGCACUUCCACAUGUCGGUCGGCGCCGCGCUGCGGCCGCUGCGCGCCCGCGAGCACAAGACGCUGUUCAUCGGCUCGGGCGGCGCCGUGCACAACCUGUACCGCAACGUCUGGGGCCCCAUGGUCAAGUACCGCGAUAGCUUUGCCCAGCCGACGCCGCCCGAGGCCUGGGCCAUGGAGUUCCGGCAGGAGAUGAUCUCCGCCCUGUGCCCUGGCCACGAGGAGGUCAUUCCCGCGGGCGAGGCGACGCCGGGGACUUUGAUCAGGAGCACCAAGGGCGCCGGAGGCCCGCUGCUGCGGAGGAAAGUGACGAGCUUGAUGAAGCACCCGCUGUACAGGGAGGCACACGCCACGGAUGAUCAUUUCAUGGCUGCCAUGUUCGUAGCUGGCUUGUGUGGCUCCAAGGGCGAUGAGAACAUGCCCGGCGAGAUGGGAGCCGAAGAUUGGGAGCUGACCAACAUGGUCAACUCGCAGUUUACUUUAGGCGCAUGGGUUGAGGCCAAAGCUUAG